AUGGAAACUUAUUCAACAGAUGCAUUUGAUAAUAAAGAAAAUACUGUCAUUCAGUCACUUGAUGAUAACCCAGAUCGAAAUUUACCAUUAAAUGAAUAUAGAUCACCAUCAGUAAUGUCAAGACAAGAAAAACAACCAGUAUCAAUGUAUACACUUGGAAAUGGGUAUCAACAAAUUCCAUCGAAAACUUUACCACAAAAAUCUGAACCUAAAGUUUAUUAUAUUGGUUCAAAACAAACUGAAAACACACCAUCUCCUAUCAAACAAGGAAAGCAAUCAGAUGUUCCAAUCGUUUUUCUGGAACCUCAGAUUAUUUCUCAACCAAUAUUAUACAGUAUUAUUGGGGAAAAAUCUACUCCAAUAAUUGAUAAACCAAUUCCUGUAAGUGAAGAACAACCUUCACCUAUAAUCUAUUCAAUAAAUGAUCGUCCUCGCACUGUCGAUCUAAAUACCAAUAGUGUAGAAGAUCCAGUUCUUUAUAAAGAUAAAUCUCCUACACUUUAUUCUUGGGUGGGUAAUUCAUAUGUUCAAGAUGAAGUUGUUCCAGAACCACCUAAAACACUCGUACCACCAUCUCCAAGUGUUUAUACACUUAUUGGAAGUCCAGCACGUACAUCACGUGGUACUCAAUUAGGUCGAAGUAGUCCUAUUGAACCAGUACCAAUUCUAUAUACAAUUGUUGAUGAUACAUCAACUUCAACUUCAACAUAUAAAACAAAAGAAAAGCACUCACAUCCACCACCACCACCACCAUCAAAUGAACCCGUCGUAUAUACAGUAGAGAAGGAAUCUAAUGUAUAUAAAACUCCAAUACUUUAUGCAUUGGUUGGUAAACAAAUUCCACCACCAUUAGAAGAUAAUCGAUUAAAACUACCUGCAAGAAAACCGACACCAUCACCACCAAUUACAGUUUCUACUAAUAAACGUAUAAGUCGUAGUCCCGAACGAAGGUCAAAUAUAAUAACGGAGGAAAUUAUAGCAUAUCCAGUAACAAAAACUGUAUAUCUACAACAACCAAAAGAGUCAACAAAUCCAAAAUCAGAAUUAAUAGUUACUCCUUACAAUGAAGAAGAACGUCGUAUGCGUCCUCAAAUAAUUCAUCAAACACCUACUUAUACAAAUCAAGAUCAAUCAUAUCGUAAACUGAAUACUAUACCAAAAUAUCCAUCAGUUCAAUUACCUGAUUAUCAAUCACCAUAUGCAAAUCGAACACAUAAACCAUAUCGUGAACAAAACUACAAUAAUAAUAAUAAUACAUUACCUGCUAUUUCACAUAAUCAUGCCCAAAAAAAAGAAAGACCACCACUUUAUGAACCACGUUAUCGUGUUGAACGACAUCAUCCAUAUGUUCCAUUAAAACCAAUCACUUUAGCAAGAUACCCAGUUAAUACAAGAUCACGUGCAAAUCUAUGGGAUAAUGCUUAUCAAACGGAUGAUGAUGAAGAAUAUGAGCAAAAACUUAAUAAGAAAAAUCGUGGUUAUAAAACCAAUCGACCUCGUUUACCAUGGAUACCAGUUUGGUAA